CUGAUUAACCAAUACCGUUUAAUCAAAAACAUAAAUAUAAACAAUCGAUCUAAAUGCGUAUACAUGUUUCAUUUACCAUCUAUAAGUUGUUGCGGAUUUUCGUACAUACACACGCGAAAAUAUAUAUAGUUAUGAACGCGCAAGCGCAGAACAAGUACCCUGUAUUAAAAUCGCGGUCAUAUAGCGGUGAAUAACAAACUAAACAGUUUCAAGUACACAUUCAACAAGUAAAUAAACUUUGUUAGUAAUUGAAAUUUAUAUACCGGUAUAAAUACAAUAAAGGCUUAUUAGAAUUUCAGUGCAACACACGAACAGAGGUUCUUUUUUCAGGAAACUAUAAAAUUGACAGAAAUGAAUAAAAGUACAAACUGAUUUUUAUUGUCUUUACCUUUAAUGGGUACCUUCGUUCUUGAGAGUUAUUAAAAGACGAAUUAAUUUCAAUGUACGAGUUCAUUAGUUUAAUUAUCACUGUUCGUAAUUAUCCACUAAUCGUACGAGUGAUCACGCUAAUUCAUUUUAAUAGGCGCAUGCGUAAACCCGGGUAUCCCUGCGUUUCUCCGUAAAUCGCGGUCACAAAAUGCGCAUGCGUCGCUAAUAUCACGACGCGUGGCCUGAGCGUCAGUCUUUGCUUGUCCUUCGUAGCGCGUUGACGCGUGUACUCUCUUUUUCCGCUUUCUCUCUCUUUCUCUCUUCGGUCCUACGACGUUUGGUGAAAGAUUCGCCCUUCGCAAAAUGGCGGCGCAGACUACCACCAGGAGAAGGUUGAAUGAACACGAGGAGAAAAUGAGCAGUAGAAACGGCUUAACCUCUCACGAAAACAUCGUGACUAAUGGCCAUGCCGGUUUACAAAGCAAUGGACGUGUACAGUUCACAGAGAAAGAAAGAAAGACAGAGCCGGUUACAUCGAGGUCGAAAGAGUCGUUCGAGAGGAUACCGUUCAUCACAGCAGCACUGACCCACCUCGGCUUCUAUAUUCUUAUGUUCCUCGGUUUUAUAAACCAAUUAUUUUUCACGCCGAAAGUCGCACAAGAAUACAAUAGAGAGGGUUACGCGCCGCUUUACGAACAUUUCGAAGAAUUUUACCUCCGAUAUGUAUAUAGAAGGGUCAGAGAUUGUUGGAAUAGGCCAAUAUGCUCUGUUCCAGGUGCUACAGUUACGCUUAAGGAUAGAGUGACGCACGAUUAUGGAUGGACGUUUCAAUUUACAGGAACGACCACGGAAUGCAUCAAUUUGGGAUCGUACAAUUAUCUAGGUUUCGCCGAAUCAAACGGCAAAUGUGCCGAUCAAAGUAUCGAGGUUCUAAAAAAGUUUGGUUGUAGCAGUUGUAGUUCUCGUCUCGAGCUUGGAAAUAUGCCAAUCCACGAUGAAUUGGAACAGUUAACAGCAAGAUUUCUGGGCGUGGAAGAUGCGAUUAUUUUUGGAAUGGGCUUCGCAACGAAUGCUCUUAAUCUACCUUCGUUCCUAACUAAAGGAUGUUUGGUGCUUAGCGAUGAAAAAAAUCAUGCUUCGUUGAUACUCGGAUUGAGAUUGUCCGGUGCUACCGUUAGAGUGUUUCAGCACAAUGAUGUAAAAGAUUUAGAGAGUCGUCUGAAAAACGCUAUAGUUUUUGGUCAACCUGGAUCUGGAGAACCUUGGAAGAAAAUAUUAAUUGUCGUAGAAGGUGUCUAUUCCAUGGAAGGUUCUAUCGUUCAUUUACCAGAGAUUGUGGAACUCAAAAAAAAGUACAAAGCUUAUCUUUAUUUGGACGAGGCCCAUAGCACCGGUGCUUUGGGCAAACAUGGAAGAGGUGUUUGUGAUUAUUAUGGAAUUGAUCCACGAGAAGUGGAUAUACUUAUGGGAACUUUUACAAAAAGCUUCGGCUCUGCUGGUGGCUAUAUUGCUGGAACAAAAAAAUUAAUCAAUCAUUUAAGGAUAUACAGUCACGCGCAUACUUAUGCAGCGGCCAUGUCACCACCGGUAGCUCAACAAAUCAUUGCUUCGAUGAAGAUUAUUUGUGGUGAAGAUGGUACGGACGAAGGCAAAAAAAGAACGAAGCAAUUAGCGAGAAAUACAAGGUACUUUAGGCGUAGACUCAAUCAAAUUGGAGUCAUCAUUUAUGGAAAUGAAGAUUCACCCGUUGUACCUAUGUUAGUUUAUUUGUUUUCUAAAAUUGGCGCGGUUGUACGAACCUUGACGACACACAACAUAGCAGCAGUUGGUGUUGGAUUUCCAGCAACUCCGUUAAUGGAAGGUAGAAUACGGUUUUGUCUUUCUGCCGCGCAUACUAAACAACAGUUAGAUUAUGUAUUGUCGCGUAUCGAAAGUCUCGCAGAUUCUUUGGGAUUAAGAUAUUCUCGUAAAAUUAGCGAUCCAACUCCUAUAGAAUACUAUUCUGAUGGGGAAACCGAAUGACCUACUGCAUAAGAAAUAAACUGUCUAGGACAUUUACCUUGCUCCAAAGAAG